GGGGCUUUCUGUUGUUUUGCUGAAAACUCUUCUCGUUGUGGGGAGUGUAUUUCUCUGGAUCAAAGCUGUGAUACUGGUUAUUUCUUAGCUUCUGCUGCGGGGCGUUUGAUUCGUGAAAAGCGCAAGGUUUUGAGCGAGGAGGCUGAGGCAGAGUCAGCAAACGCUGCUGCUCUACAAGCCUUGCUGGCGUCGCAGGCUCGUCUUGAUCGUGCACGGAAACAGCGAAGGCUGCUGGAGGAACGUGCUGCAGAAAUAAUUCAUCGUGGUUUCAAUUCCUUGGAA